GAAAGCUUUAAAUACCAAUUUGACAGUUCUACGCCUAGGCAGCAAGGCACUGUUCUAUCCAGUAUUCGAGCUUUUGAAUUUUUCUCAGAACUUAUUUUUCUUGGUCUUCAGUCCAAAAUGAAUUGUGUUUGCCCUAUAUUUUUUGUAUUCAUAUUUGGAGAACUAGUAUUUACAGCACCAACUAACAAUGAAGAUAAAUUUCUUAUACAUGAUUUGGAAGUGGAAUCAUUUGGUGCAGUCACAAGUUACGAAUAUGAAGAUGAGCCACAAGAAAUAAAACAAGCAAAGCUAGAAGAAAAGGCAAUUCCCACAUUUGUUGAUGCCGACAUAAACCAUGAAAUAGGACAUUUACGGGCUAUCAGGUCCCCAACAGAAGAACCAGAAGCAGAAGCAGAGAGUCCACCCAUUGACAUGCCAACUUGCCUUUUGUGUGUUUGCCUAACUGGUUCCGUGUAUUGUGACGAGACCGACAUUGAUGCCAUUCCAAUGUUGCCAAAAGAGACAUCACACCUUUAUGCACGCUAUAAUCAGAUUAAAAAGGUCACUGUAAAAGACUUCGCUGAUUUCCCAACUUUGAGGAGGAUCGAUCUGAGUGGAAACCUGAUUACUGAAAUAGAAGAUAAAGCCUUCUCACAGCUGCCAAAUCUGGAGCACCUGACACUUUCUGAAAAUAAACUGCUCCGUCUGCCAGCCUUACCUCCAAAACUCAGAUUUCUUGCUGCACAACACAACCGUAUUAAAAGCAAUGGAAUUAAACGCAAUGCUUUUAAGAACUUGGCUAGGCUUGAAUUUGUCUACCUAGGAUACAAUCGGCUGGACAAAGUACCCGCCAACCUGCCUGAAACCAUCCGUGUACUUCAGUUACAGCAUAAUAAUAUAUCUACUAUUACGGAUAGUACGUUUUGCAAGCCGCAAGACUCCAGUUUUAUCCGUGAACGUCUGACUGAGAUUCGGCUUGAAGAAAAUCCUGUCAAUUUGGCAGAAUACCCAAACAGUUACAUCUGCUUGAGAAGACUGCCCAUUGGAAAACCAUAUUUUGGGAGAAUAUAUUAAUCCAAAAAUAGUUAUGCCUCAAUCAGAAACAAUUCAGUGAUUAUGACAGAAAAUUGCAUUCUAAAGCAUAUUCUCAUUCGUUAUUAUAUCAUCAUACUCAUGAGCUUUAUUAUGAUACUUGUGUCAUACCAAUACUUUUAUAUUUAACAACAUAUUGCUUUUUUUCAACACAGCAUUAUCCCAAAGUAAUAUCACGUUUCAUUUCAUGCCAAAAAAUUCAACUAAUUUGUUGCAGAAACAGCUUCUGACAUAUUACACACUAAGUUGUCACCUAUGUUUAUUCUCAUAUAAUUAAAGUUGCACACAUUACUGUU